GCAAACACGUACGCGUCAAAGUUUACCUAGACACUUCAUUGAGCGAAAACGGAGAAGAACACUGCAAAAUAGCUGUUAAACAACUGUAAAAGUGCCUCUGUACGCGAGAAAGUGAUCAAAAUAAGUUCCGGGAAAAAAUAAAUCCUCUUCGGUUACCGAUCUACCCGCUCCCUAGAGCUGUGUUUUACACCAGGAUAUACCUUUUCAUUUUUCCUCGAUAACUUGUAAAAAACAGGCAAAAACAAGGUCUACAGUCAUUUGCGUUAUUAUUUAUUACUCGUUUCACCGUAGUGUGAAGGAGAGGAGGGAUCUCACGGAUUGUUUCGUUAAAAAGAGCGGUUAUACAAAAAAAUAACAAAAUCAAAACGAUAAAAAAGCAAAGAUGCAUUUGCGCUCAUUAAGGAGUAUUGUCUCUACGGUACUAUUGUUUGCACUUUUCUUUACCAAAUGUACUGCUGAAAGUACACAUACAAACAACUGGGCAGUGCUUAUUUCCACUUCUCGGUUUUGGUUCAAUUAUCGCCAUAUUGCCAAUGUUUUGGGUAUCUACCGCUCUGUAAAACGAUUGGGCAUUCCCGACGAUCAAAUUAUUCUGAUGCUGGCAGACGACAUUGCUUGCAAUCCCCGCAACAUGUUCCCUGCAUCCGUUUUCGGUAAUGCCGACCGGGCUUUAGAUUUGUAUGGAGAUGAUAUUCAGGUGGACUACCGUGGUUAUGAAGUUACUGUGGAAUCUUUUAUUCGUUUGCUGACGGGCCGUGUUCCUGAGAACACACCGGUUAGCAAACGUUUGUUGACGAACGAGAAUUCUAACAUACUCAUAUACAUGACAGGACAUGGAGGUGAUGAGUUUAUCAAAUUUCAAGAUGCCGAAGACUUAAGCGCUCAUGAUAUUGCCGAUGCUUUGGAACAGAUGCAUCAGCAUAAACGCUUUAACGAAAUCUUAUUUAUCGCUGAUACAUGUCAAGCAAACUCACUUUACAAACACAUUUACACUCCAAAUAUCCUCGCAGUUGGAAGCAGCGAAGUAGGAACAUCGUCCCUCUCGCACCACGCAGAUACUGAUAUUGGCGUAGCCGUUAUCGACCGGUUUACAUUCUACAAUCUGGAGUUCCUCGAGACACGAGUUGAUAUUAAGAGCAGACUCACAUUGAAAGACCUGUUCGAUUCGUAUGAUGUGAAUCUCAUCAAAUCGCAACCUGGUGUGCGCACAGAUUUGUUUCACCGCGAUUUGUCACAAGUGCUCAUUACCGAUUUUUUUGGCAAUGUUCGAGACAUUGAGCUCAAUGCAUACGAAAAUGUCUCCUUUUUGCAAGAAUCGUCUCCCGAAAAUAAACUGACGGUUUUCUCCCCUGCAAACGACACAGGCAUCGUUUAUCCUCGUGCCACUUCCUCAAACACACAAAAUGAUACGGCCGAGCUGUUAACCAGCAGCAGCAUUCUUGGCGACUCCAAGAUUCACAAGUUCUCGCCGUUCCUUGCUUUACUUACCGUUUUCCUUUUCCCUGUCCUUUUGUUACGAAGCAAACGUUGAUCAUUAAUUUACACAGAAAAAAAAUUAUGUUAUGUAAUAUCAUCAUGGAUUGACAGAUGCAUACUUACACUGUCUCGUUUCUCCAUGUGUAACAACAUUACGUCCUCAUAAACUCCCCACUAUCCAUUUAUUUGGCAAUCAUUUUAUAUUUAUUGAAUAACCUAAUCCAAAUAUGAAGCUUUAAGGGAGGAGGAAAGCAAAAUGCAGCGGAAGUUCCGCGUUCGGAAACGCAGAACAGUUCUUUUGUGAGGAAGUGCAAAAUCAGGCAAUCAUUAGUUCAGCUUAGCAACCUUCAACGCAUUAUCAAGGUCAGCAAUUAAAUCGUCUGCAUCCUCGAUACCAAUGCAAAUACGAAUCAAGUCUUCCUUAAGGCCACGCUCCUCACGGACCUCCUUGGCAAUGGAAGCAUGACUCAUGUAUGCAGGCAUACUGAUAAGGGAGUUAACGGAACCGAAAGAGACGGAGAUCUCGAAAAGCUUCGUGUUAUCGCAAAUAGCUCUCGACUUCUCAACGCUACCCGUCUGCACAGACAUGACAGCACCCGGUCCACGAGCAAAGCUAUUAAAGACGGCGGUGGAAGGGUCCUCGGGGUCAAGACCAGGGAAGUUAACUUUAAGACCCUUGCUCUUCAAGAACUUGGCAACGGCAAUUGCGUUUGCUUGGGCACGCUCCACACGAAGUCCCAUCGUCUUGAUGCCACGAAGCAACAAGAAGGACUCGAAGGGAGCAAGGGCAGCACCGCGACUGUUAAUGUUGAAGUAAAUACGCUUGGCCAACUCGUCGCUGUUCGUGGCAAUCACACCGCCCAUGACAUCGUGGUGACCAGACAAGUACUUGGUGCAGGACUCGUACUCGAUGUCAUAACCAAAGUCAAGGGGGUUACACAAGAUGGGAGAAAGCAUUGUGUUGUCAAUGACAAUGAUAGCCUUGGGAGACUUUUGGCGGGUAAUACGGAUGACCUCCUUUACGUCGCAAAUCUUAAUCAUUGGGUUGGUAGGACUUUCGACCAGAACCAUAGCCGUAUCGGGGCGCAAAGCAGCCUCAAAGGCAGUGAUGGAGGUCGUGUCAAUGUUGGACACCUCAAAACCAUACAACUUCUUGCAGUGAGUCAACAAACGGUCGCUGCCGCCAUACAAGUCGUCGCCAGCAACAACGUGGCUGUUGGACUCCAGCAUACAAACAAUCAUAUCCAAGGCUGACAUACCGUUGCUAGUAACGAAAGCAUGCUUGGCCUUCAUCAACUUGGCCAAGUGGCCUUGCAAGGUAGUACGAGUAGGGUUUCCCGACCGGGUGUAGUCGAAUUCACCAGGACUGUCGAGAGUCUCUUGUUGGAAGGUAGCCGACUGGUAGAUAGGAACAGAGGAAGCCUUGUAUUGAUCCUUGUUCGUGGUGACAUGCACCAAUUCGGUAGACAACGAAAACUUGUGUUCAGGCAUGUCGUUAACAGUCAUUUUAGUGUUGAUUUAAAUGAAAUAAGAUCGGUAUGUGUGUAGAAGAAAAAGAAAGAAAAACCACACAGAAGAACGAUUUCACGAAGAAAAAAAGGAAAAAAUUAUUUGAAAUAAAAAAAAUAAUUCGCAAAAAAUAAAGGAAUAAAAAAGUUUUUAAAAAAUAAAAAAAAAUUAAACCGAAAAAAUCCAAAUAAAUCACAAAAAAAUCAGCGAAACCCUAG